AUUCUCAAAAUGAAACCAUGCCAAAUUUUGAUACAUUCUUGAAUUCUGAUACAUCUAAUUUACAAAAUUGUAUUACAAAUACAGAGGAUCAAGAUAUAACUGCUGAAGUUCCAAAAAUACCAUUUAAUGAAAUUACUAAUUCUGACAAUAUUAUGUCAACAAAGAAACAGUCUAGUGAAUAUUAA